AUGAGAUCAAUUCAAUUCAAUUCGAAUAAUUUCAAUUUCAAUCAAUUCAAUUUAAAUGAAUUCAAUUCGUAUCAAUUUAAUAGUAAAAAUUACAUAAUUCAGCCUUUAGGCUGCAAAUUCAAUUCGAUACAAUUCAAAAAAUUUGUAUUCUUAUCUUUUCUAUAUUCCAUUAAAAUCAGUUGGAAUAAAUUCAAUUCAGUUGGAAUCAAUGCAAAUGAAUUCAAUUCGAAUGAAUUCCUAUCAAAUAAUUUUCAAUUCAAUUCAACUCAAUACAAUUCAAAUCAUUUGAAUUCUGAUCUGAUCUGA